AUGCAAUUCGAAGUUCUCGCGACAUGUCACACUACAAGAGCUCGAGUCUCGCGGAUGACCCUUGCCCAUGCGACGACGAAUUUGCCCACAUUCAUGCCAGUCGCCACACAAGCCGCAAUCAAAGGGCUCACGCCUCAACAAAUGGAGGCCUUAGGGGUCACUCUCAUACUGAACAACACGUAUCACCUCAACCUUCGACCUGGAAUAAAAGUCCUAGAAGCAGCCGGGGGCGCCCACCAUUUCCAAGGCUGGCGCCACAAUCUCCUGACCGACUCCGGUGGCUUCCAAUUGGUCUCUCUGAGCAAAUUCACAAAAAUUACAGAGGAAGGGGCACUGUUUGCGAGCCCUUUCACCGGGGAACCAACCAUGCUUACACCCGAAGAGAGUAUUUCGAUACAGCACGCUAUAGGUGCCGAUAUCAUCAUGCAACUAGAUGACGUAGUCUCUAGCUUGACGGUGGGUCCCCGAGUCGAGGAGGCCAUGUGGCGGUCUGUUCGGUGGUUAGAUCGUUGCAUUGAGCGUCAUGAACAAGCAGGGAAGCAAGGCGUUCAAAACCUUUUCGCAAUUGUUCAAGGAGGACUGGAUCCGGCUCUACGAGAUGCCUGUCUGGAAGAGAUGGUCAAGAGAAAGGACCGAGUGGCAGGGUAUGCUAUUGGCGGAUUGAGCGGUGGGGAGGAGAAGGACGUAUUUUGGAGAAUCAUCGCUCAGUGUGCGGCCAAAUUACCCGCCGAUCGUCCGCGAUAUUCAAUGGGCAUCGGCUUUGCGGAAGAUUUGCUGGUCUGCGUCGCAUUGGGCGUGGAUAUGGCAGACUGUGUCUUUCCGACCCGUACAGCAAGAUUUGGAGUGGCUCUGACUUUCAAGGGUCCUUUGAACCUAAGAUUACGAAAACAUGCCAAAGACAUGGGACCCAUUGACGAGAACUGUCCUUGCCCAAGUUGCCGCGAUGGCAUAUCUCGCUCGGUCUUGAACCAUCUAGUAACCCGUGAAACGGCCGCUGCUCACGCGGUGACUCAACACAACCUUUGCUUCCAAGCUCAAGUCAUGGGUAGAGCUCGAGAUUCCAUCCUCGAAGGCACUUUCCCGCAAUACCUUCGUACAUUCUUUUCUGACUACUUUGGCGAGAACGGAUACCCAGAGUGGUGCGUCAAUGCUCUGCGCAGCGUGGGCGUCGAUCUUUUGGAAGGGUAUCCGAAUGCGAAGGUGGUCAAGGGGCCUGGGAUGAAGUGGGACUAUUCGGAUGCGCCUUGAGCUCUGUGAUAGCUUCUGGUUGUAAAUAAUGUUGAUGUCUUCGUCGCUAAUCUCAUUUAAACAGGCCGACGGCCUUCUCAGCUGG